GGACGAGGUGCCGCCGUGGCUGAACAUGAACAUCAGCACCGCAAACACCGAGGGGGGGUCGUUCCUGGACAGUCCGAAGAGGGAGACGUCAGGAGGCAGGGCGGCGGCGGCUGUCAUGACCGAAGCUUCUCCAGCAGGAAGACUCCUAACAUCACUGACUAACACCAUCAUGACCCCAGACAGCGCAAACAGCGGCCGGACCAGGAGACGUCCCGGUGUGGUCAGCUACAAGGAGCCGUCCCUCAACAGCAAAAUACGACGUGGAGAUAAAUUCACCGACACCAAGUUCCUGAGCUCCCCGGUGUUCAGGGAUGGAAAGAAGAAGAAGAAGCAGAAGAAGAAGACCACAGCGAAGCCGAGGCUAGAAGCAUCCGUCCUGGACGACUGAUCAUUUAAUUUCUUUAAUCUGGUUUCUUUUCUUUUGAGAAUUUUUAACGAGUUUUAAAAAGCGUGUCUCUUGGCAGCCGAACCCGAUCUGUAUCUGUGUCUCCACUUGCUCUCCAGUGUUGUGUGGUUGUUAGUGGGUCAGAGAGAUUGACACUAGGUCGUUCAUGAAUGAUUCAGCUGAGAAAUCUGAGCCCCGUCCCGGUGAAAGGCUCCAGUUCCUCAAACGUUUCCAGAUUCACUUCAGGGUUGUGUGUCGUCACGUGAGCUGAGGUGUUGUUGUGCGUUGGUUUGUGGUCGUGCAGGACGCUGUGUCAGGUUCACGUCUUGGCAACGUGGAACCACAACCCAGCACUUCACUAACCCGUCUCCCUGUUAACAAUGACUCACAUGAAACCAGUUCAGACGAUGGGAGCUCGGCAGCUGAAGAGAGACGUUGAGGCUCUUAUCGGUGAUUACAUCGGACAGAAACUCAGAGAGAACUCCUUCGAUCCGAAGGGGAAGGGGACGUCCACCAUGCUGGACGACCUGGCUCACUAUGAUCUUGCGAUCAGUGUCGCCCUCUGGUGGUUGGACAAGGAAGAAGGAAGGGACGUGCUCCACAGUGACAUCAUUGGAGCAACACGCAGCUCAGGAAGUUCCCAGUAUCCGAACCGCUUGGAGCGCGAGGCCAUGAUCCUGUCCUCGUUUGCUGGGAUUAUUAUGAGCAGUUUGCCUGUGGAGGAAAUCUUGAAUCUGUACAAGUGUAAACCAGCAGCGUUGUAUCCCAGCCAGAAGUCCAAGGGGUCGAUCGUCUGUCCCUUCCCUCUCUCCUACCAUCCCUUCGCCAUGCUGGGUUCCUACAAGGCAGUGGACCACUCCAAGAAGCACAACGAGAAGUUGAAAAGAUGGCUGUCUGAGAGGGCGAAGGCGAGCGCCACGCCUCGGCCUGCUACAGCUCAGUCUUCAUCUUCCUCCUCGUCUCAGUCCUUCCUCAGCGACAGUAGUGAUGGACAUGAGGAGGGGGCUGGGCCCUACGAGGGGUCACAGGAGUCCCUACAGGACUGACCUCGCCCUCAGCAGCGCCUCCUGCAGUCUGAACAUCACAUUUCACCUCUGAGGGAAAAGACAGAGUUCUCUCUCUCGACUCCGAGUGUCUGAUUUACUCUGAACUGACAAACUGGGAUUCAAACCCUCAGAUGCUUAUUGACCAGUUGUGUCUUUGCUGUGAUAAACAAUUUGCUGUGAUUUGUGUGUUUUAUUACCUGAUAAAUGAUAAAGAUGUAAAAUGU